CAGUGUGGAAAGAGUUUCACAUACAAAAAUUGUCUUGAUGUUCACAUGAGAGUUCAUUCAGGAGAGAAACCAUAUACAUGUGAUCAGUGCGGGAAGAGCUUCACACAAAAAGGAAACCUUACAAAACACAUGAGAGUUCAUACUAGAGAGAAGCCAUUCACUUGUGAUCAGUGUGGGAAGAGUUUCACACAAUCUGCAGACCUUAAGAAACACAUGAACAUCCACACUGGAGAGAAACCGUACACUUGUGAUCAAUGCGGGAAGAGUUUCACACGAAAAGGAAACUUUAAGGGGCAUCAGAAAAUACAUACUGCUGUGAGAGAGUACAUGUGCUUUGAGUGUGAAAAAACUUUUACUACAGCAAACUGUUUAAAACUGCAUGAGAGGAUUCACACUGGAGAGAAACCUUACAAAUGUUCACAGUGCGACAAGAGAUUCAGUGAUUCAGGACAUCUGAAAACACAUGAGAGGAUCCACACUGGAGAGAAACCCUACAAGUGUUCACACUGUGACAAAAGAUUCAGUCAGUUAACACAUCUGAAAACACAUGAGAGGAUUCACACUGGAGAGAAACCUUAUCACUGCACUGCAUGUGGGAAGAGGUUUUAUGCAUCUGCACAUUUGAAACGACAUGAGAGGAUUCACACUGGAGAAAAACCUUAUAAGUGUUCACACUGUGACAAGGGAUUCAGUCAGUUAGGACAUUUGAAAACACAUGAGAGAAUUCACACUGGAGAGAAACCAUACACUUGUGAUAAGUGCGGGAAGAGCUUCACUCAAUCAGCAAAUCUUAAGACGCACAUGAAUAUUCACACUGGAGAGAAGCGGCACACAUGUGAUCAAUAUGAACUGAAGAAGAUUCACAGCAGGAGCAGCAAACACUACAAACUCAACAAUAAUCACAGUCACUUUGUUGACGAUGCAGCAUCCGAUCUGAAAGUGCUGGAUCUGAAGAUGAUCUACUUACUGUGUGUCUUCAGGACUGAAGCCCUCAAAAAUGUUGUGCCACAUUGA